ACCAAAUCAACAAAAUUUUAAAUUAUUAAAACUAAAUUAGCCACCCACACCUAAAAAGCUAAUAACCCAUCGAUGAACUAGAUCCGGCAUAAUAAUAAAAUGGUGUUGGACAUGGUCAAAAUAUUUAGUCGUCUGCGAUCUCUAGGCAUUGUUACGUCGGGUGCAGCGGCCGUAUAUUUGGCCCUUACAGCUUACAACAACCGUAAUGAAUUAAUUAGCACAUAUGUGAUGCCCACACUGCGUUAUUUGCCCGCCGAAACCAGCCACAAUCUGGCCGUGCUGGCCUGCAAGUAUCGCAUUUAUCCUCCGUCCGAGUACAUGGAUGGCUUCAAUCUACACUCGAAUUUCUUUGGCCACCUGAUUAGCAAUCCCAUUGGCAUUGCAGCGGGCUUUGACAAGAAUGCGGAGGCAGUAGUUGGUCUGAAAGAUUUGGGUUUUGGGUUCAUUGAAGUGGGCAGCGUUACACCGCUUGCUCAGGAUGGCAAUCCCAAACCGCGUGUUUUUCGACUGAGUGAAGAUCGAGCGAUCAUUAAUCGCUAUGGAUUCAAUAGCGACGGGCACCAGGUGGUGGCCGAGCGUCUGCGUGAAUUACGCCAAAGAGAGGACUUUCACGCUGUCGUGGGUGUUAAUCUGGGACGCAAUCGCAACACGAACACACCCGUUGGCGAUUAUGUGAAGGGCGUACGCAUCUUUGGCACGGUUGCCGACUACCUGGUUGUAAACGUCAGCAGUCCCAACACAAAAGGAUUGCGUGAUAUGCAAGGUAAACAGCGGCUAACUGAAUUACUGGAGGCGGUGAACGAAGCGCGUAGUAAUUUAAAGCAGAAUCAAAACGUGCCCAUAUUGCUGAAGCUGUCGCCGGAUCUUCAGCUGGAAGAUAUGAAGGAUAUUGCAUCAGUGAUUAGCAAAAAGAAAAGCCGUGUGGACGGUCUGAUUGUGUCAAACACAACUUUGGCACGUGAUAACCUCACUGAACGUAAGCUGGGAAAGGAAACUGGCGGAUUGAGCGGCGUGCCACUCAGGGAUCGUGCGACCAAACAGAUUGCUCAGAUGUAUGAUCUUACAAAGGGUGCAGUGCCCAUCAUAGGCGUGGGUGGCGUCUCUUCAGGCCGUGAUGCGCUCGAAAAAAUCCAGGCAGGUGCCUCUUACGUACAAAUUUAUACGGCCCUGGUGUACGAGGGGCCUAGCUUGGUGGACCGCAUCAAAGAAGAGCUCUCAGUUAAGCUUGAAAAGCUAGGCUAUUCAAAUAUCCAGGAAGCUGUGGGCUCAAACUUUAAAAAGUAUCUUUGAUCUGUAUAAAAACAAAUUGUUAAUUUGAAACAAUAAAGUUGUAUUUUCUGGUUAUUCA